UUUUGCAGUGGAAGAGGAGCGAAUAACUUUAGCCAAUAUGCGUUUUUGGAUUAUGACUCGUCUCGCCCGACUGUCCUAUGGAAUAUAGCCCAAUAUAUCAGAACCUGCAUGUUGUCUCGUCAUCCCCCGUGAAGAAUAAACUAUUUGUUUUCUGCAUCAUGUUGUCCCUGUGGGUGUAUAUGAUAUAUUGCUGCGUCGGAUACUGUUCAACCAUGCCAAGUCUGAUGGUCAGUACAGCCAGCAGUAAACAUUCACAACAUGUCGAAAAGGUUGACCCUAACAGAACUCAAACCCGACUCCAAAACGAAGGGGACUUGGAAUCCGAACACCAAGAAGAUCCGCUAGAUUCUUUAGAUCCGUUAUUCGGCGCGUCAUCCAGGGACUUGUUAAAUAAUGAGAAUGAUUUGGACAGCAGAGGAGGGGAGGACUGGGAUGAGAUUCGAAGCGAGCAGAGGACGUUGGAUAAUAAUGUCGUGUCAAGUCUCUUCAACGACUCAGGGCCGGUGGAGAGUAAGAAGUUGCCCCAGGCGAUUAUCAUCGGGGUGAAGAAGGGAGGCACACGGGCGCUGCUGGAGUUCCUCCGGGCGCAUCCCGACAUCAGAGCUGUUGGGGCCGAGCCGCACUUCUUUGAUCGGAACUAUGACAAGGGACUGGAGUGGUACAGAGACCGUAUGCCUGAGACCCAGGAGGGUCAGAUCACCAUGGAGAAGACCCCCAGCUACUACGUCACUAAAGACGUCCCCGCCCGUAUCCACACCAUGUCCCCAGACACCAGGCUGAUUGUGGUGGUCCGAGACCCCGUCACCAGGGCCAUCUCAGACUACACUCAGACCCGCUCCAAGAAGCCUGACAUCCCCUCCUUCGAGAGCCUCGCCUUCAAGAACAGGACUACGGGUCUCAUCGAUACGUCCUGGAGCGCCGUCCAGAUCGGGAUGUAUGCCAAGCACCUAGAACGCUGGCUGCAGUACUUCCCCAAGGACCAGCUCCUCUUCAUCAGCGGGGAGAGGUUGAUCUCCGACCCGGCCGGGGAGAUGACACGCGUACAGGACUUCCUGGGCCUCCGGAGGGUGGUCGGUCACAAACACUUUCACUUCAACCCAGCCAAGGGCUUCCCCUGUCUGAAGAGGCCGGAGGGGAAUAGUAAGCCUCACUGUCUGGGGAAGACCAAAGGAAGGACUCAUCCUAAUAUUGACUCUGAGGUGGUACAGAGGCUGAGGGAGUUUUAUCAACCUUUCAACAGGAGGUUUUAUCAGAUGACGGGACAUGACUUUGGAUGGGGUUCAUGGAGCUGAGCGACAGAGACAUUAAAUUAAUCCGAAAUGGCACCCUAUUCCCUAUGUAGCGCACUACCCUGGUCAAUAGUAGUACACUAUAAUAUAGGACAAAAUGGCACCCUAUUCCCUAUGUAGGGCACUACCCUGGUCAAUAGUAGUACACUAUAAUAUAGGACAAAAUGGCACCCUAUUCCCUAUGUAGUGCACUACCCUGGUCAAUAGUAGUACACUAUAAUAUUGGACAAAAUGGCACCCUAUUCUCUAUGUAGUGCACUACCCUGGUCA